GUCUUUUUUUAAUUUGGCGGGCCGGGUGCUUGGGGAGGGGGGUGUUUGGGCCGGCCGAGAAAUGUGUUGGAUAUCGGUGGGAAAGUGUUGGAUAUCUUUUUGAAUGUGUUGGAUAUCGCUGGGAAUGUGUUUGGUUGUUUUUGGGAAUGUGUUUGGAUAUCUUUGGGAAUGUAUUUGCGUGCUCUGGGCCGGGCGGCCGCGCUGGAUACUGGGUCCCGCAAUAAUUGGAGGCCCUGGGGCUUUGGGCUUGGUCUGGCAAUUUGUUUUCCGGUUUUUGGCAGUGUUUUUUCCUGUGUUUGGCAAUGUGCUCUCCUGUAUUUGACAAUCUAUUUUCUAGCGAUUGAAAAUAUAUACCUCUG